AUGUUAUAUUUGGGGUUUAGGCAAAUACUUCACAUUCCAAUCUCGAUUACUACUGCGAAAUAUGGAGUACUCAGUACCGAGACUACUACUGGGAAAUAUGGAGUGCUCAGUACCGAGACUUCUACUGGUAAAUAUGGAGUGCUCAGUACCGAGACUACUACUGGUAAAUAUGGAGUGCUCAGUACCGAGACUACUACUGGUAAAUAUGGAGUGCUCAGUACCGAGACUACUACUGGUAAAUAUGGAGUGCUCAGUACCGAGACUACUACUGGUAAAUAUGGAGCGCUCAGUACCGAGACUACUACUGGUAAAUAUGGAGCGCUCAGUACCGAGACUUCUACUGUGAAAUAUGGAGCGCUCAGUACCGAGACUUCUACUGUGAAAUAUGGAGCACUCAGUACCGAGACUACUACUGGUAAAUAUGGAGCACUCAGUACCGAGACUUCUACUGUGAAAUAUGGAGCACUCAGUACCGAGACCUCUACUGGUAAAUAUGGAGCACUCAGUACCGAGACUACUACUGGUAAAUAUGGAGCACUCAGUACCGAGACUUCUACUGUGAAAUAUGGAGCACUCAGUACCGAGACUUCUACUGUGAAAUAUGGAGCACUCAGUACCGAGACUUCUACUGGUAAAUAUGGAGCACGCAGUACCGAGACUUCUACUGUGAAAUAUGGAGCACUCAGUACCGAGACUUCUACUGUGAAAUAUGGAGCACUCAGUACCGAGACUACUACUGGUAAAUAUGGAGCACGCAGUACCGAGACUUCUACUGUGAAAUAUGGAGCACGCAGUACCGAGACUUCUACUGGUAAAUAUGGAGCACGCAGUACCGAGACUUCUACUGUGAAAUAUGGAGCACUCAGUACCGAGACUUCUACUGUGAAAUAUGGAGCACUCAGUACCGAGACUACUACUGUGAAAUAUGGAGCACUCAGUACCGAGACUACUACUGGUAAAUAUGGAGCACUCAGUACCGAGACUACUACUGGUAAAUAUGGAGCACUCAGUACCGAGACUACUACUGGUAAAUAUGGAGCACUCAGUACCGAGACUACUACUGGUAAAUAUGGAGCACUCAGUACCGAGACUACUACUGGUAAAUAUGGAGCACUCAGUACCGAGACUACUACUGGUAAAUAUGGAGCACUCAGUACCGAGACUACUACUGUGAAAUGUGGAGCACUCAGUACCGAGACUACUACUGUGAAAUAUGGAGCACUCAGUACCGAGACUUCUACUGUGAAAUAUGGAGCACUCAGUACCGAGACUACUACUGUGAAAUAUGGAGCACUCAGUACCGAGACUUCUACUGUGAAAUAUGGAGCACUCAGUACCGAGACUACUACUGUGAAAUAUGGAGCACUCAGUACCGAGACUUCUACUGUGAAAUAUGGAGCACUCAGUACCGAGACUUCUACUGGGUAA